ACGCUGUUCUACAUGGCAAGCACCUUGUGUGCAGGAUUCAUGAGGAUAGAAGAUUUUGAUUGGAUGUUACCAUUUAGACACAAGAUUACACCAUCUCUCAGUAGCUCUCAAUAUUUACUUCAUGUGAUUUCUGCAGGGAUAACCUUCUCAUUGAGUGGCCUUCUCUUUGUCCCUCUUGUUGGUGCCAUGGUGUGGGAUUAUUCUGCCACAGUGACUGUUCUUCAUGUAAUAAUCUGUUGCACAGUUACGCAAGAAUUUCCUCUCAUGUGGCAAUGGUGGCUGCAAAUAGGCUCUGGAUUGUUUCUUAUGAUUAUAUCUGGUCAGACGGUUGCAUACUUUACAUGCAGAAGCUCAAAUCAAAGGCAUAUAUCAACUAUCUAA